AACUCAGUUCUCUUCUUCUGACUAAUAAGAGAUAAAAGAAAGCUCUGGUUCGCGAAUCUGAGUUUCAUGCUAAUCCAAUCUCUCCGUCGAGCUCAGGCUCUGAGGUAAGCAUUUUCUUGAAAUUGGAAUCAAGAUUCGGAACUAAGAUGGGAGAGAAGGGGCACUACGUGCCUCCGCCGUACGUUCCAUUAAGAGAGUCGGAUGCUGAUGCAGAAGGAACCACCACUCCAACUCGGGAUCUGGAAGUUGCUUCUCCUGUAGCCACAAGGGUUGAUCCGAUACAGUGGUCGUCUGGUGUAUGCGCUUGCUUCGACGAUAUGCAGAGCUGUAUGCUACUACUCUCUGUCCUCCACUCCUUGAUUUUACUACAGGAACCAAUUUUGUUAAAGGUUUUAUAGGUUUGUUCUGUCCGUGUUAUAUCUUUGGCAAAAACGCAGAGUUGUUGGGGUCUGGAACAUUUGCAGGACCCUGCAUAACACAUUGCAUUUCAUGGGCUCUUGUUAACACCAUUUGCUGCUUUGCAACCAGUGGCGUUUUGCUUGUUCUACCAGGAUGCUUUGUGUCAUGUUAUGCUUGUGGAUACCGCAGAUCAUUAAGAGCCAAGUACAACUUACAGGAGGCUCCAUGUGGGGACUUUGUAACACACUUCUUCUGUCACUUGUGUGCCGUUUGCCAAGAAUACAGAGAGAUCAGAGAACGUAGCAGCGGCUCAAAUCCUCCUGAUAUGAAGAUGGCUAUCACCGAUGCCCCCUUAGCUCAAGCCAUGGAAUCAGCUAACUGAUCAACUUUGUCUCGUUGUGAUUUCAGUUUCUUUUGUAGAAGACAUAUUUUCAUGUCAUCGACUUUUGCAAUGUAUUUUAGAAGUUUGAUGGGUAAAGUAAAACUUUCUAAGGUUAUAA